AUGUCGAGCCUGAGGUCAAAUUCAGCAUAUACAAAUAUAGCCUAGGAAGCAUUAUAGAUCAUCCUAGGCUACCACUUGGAGAUUUAGCAAGCGCAGUUGGCUUGGCAUCAGGAGUUGCCAAGCAUAGCUCCACACAAGUUGGCAAGUAUGCCUAUAGUUGGUAUUUGUCAACUUGUGGAGUUGGCUUGGUAUCUUCUGGUGCCAACCAACUCCACGAGUUAAAACUCCAAGUCUAAUUCCAGGAUAUCUAUUAUUCGCCCUUAAACUAUACCUCCGCCAGCAAGUCCGGUAUUGGAGUAGCCAAGGACGAGCCUUUAAAGCCACCCACAAUUGACUACAUUGACAUGCCCAAAACUCUUUACGACUCUGCCAGAGAAGCUUGCGAAAAUGCAGUGCGGCAAUUAAAGAAAGGAGAGAAGAAGCAUUAUUAUAAGUGUGCCAAAAUUAUUAAAAAGACCCUGGAAGAGAGACAUCGAGGAUCUUAUCACGUGAUCAUGGGAAAAGACUUCGGAAGCUUUUUUCGGGUCCAAUUUCGUGUUCUUUCUAUACGCAUUUACCAUAUGAUCUAAAUUUAAAGGGUUUUUUGUCAGAUAUCUUUAUCGAAAAAUUCUGAAAAUUUUUUCUAGGAAAUGUCUCACUAUCAACCAUUUAAUAUGGAGCCAGCUUUUUCAGCUAUGAAGCAGGGAAUUGUGUGCAGUUCUGGAUUAACGAGUACUGCUUUUUGAUAUUUAAGCAUGGAUAA